CAAGUCAGUAUCCAGUCUGUUUUGGAGGAGUGAAGGCGUGUAUCCGUGCUCUCUAUUGGAAUUAUAUAUUUUACUGCUGAAUCUGUUAUAGGAAGCAAAAAUUAACCGAAUGUGAAUUAUAUCAAUAUAAAGAGGAAAAAUCGGGCUUUUAAAUUAAUCUAAUUAGACUUGAACCAUUCAGAACAUUAUAGUUUCUUCAGGUUGACAAGUGAAGGCUUUGAAGUGUAUUUAUGCCGGAAUCAUCUGUGAGGAAAGAGAGCAAAGGUUCAGAUGAAUGCUAUAGUAUCCAUAUGUCACUUCUGUGAAUUGCACGGACCCAGUGUUGUCUUCUGCACUCAAGCCUUCAGAGACUUACUGGGGUUCAAUGUUAUAGCUGACAUUGAAACUUCACCAUUAGAAAAUACAAGAACUGGUGAAGAUGAGGAGCAGACAAAGGAUGGAAAAAGUGACUUGUGGAAGUAUGGAAGAAUUCACCAGGACAUUGUGGCACAGGCACGGAAUGAGACCCCUAAUGAAACCUGUGUUGCUUGUCGCUCAUUUCCACACAAUAAGCCUGGAUACAUCAGUAAUGAUGACUCUGCUAGAGUCAGCUACAUCAGCUCGCAGUAUCCAUUACAGACUGAGCUCUACAUCCUUGUUCGACAAGCAUGCAUAAGGUCUCUCAGCUGUGAGGUAUGUCCUGGAAAAGAGGGACCCAUAUAUUUUGGAGAUGAGGCAAGAGGCCAUGUACUGUCUUACACCUUCUUCCUGAGAGAUGUCCAGGCCAGGGGUUUCCAUAGGUGGUAUAGUAUUAUGGUGCUUAUGAAGGACAAAAUGCUUCUCCUAAACUCAUGGCCAUUUAUUGUAAAGCACCUCAAGCAGAUCAUCAACAAUCUUCAAGACAGUGCUUCCAAGAUUUAUGAGACUGAAGAGUCUGUAGUGAACCACAGAGCACUAAGGUCUGCAGCUGUCAAGAUGGACAACUUACGCAAACAGCGAGUGGCUGGUCAGCCUAGGUCCUUAUGUGAGAUGGUUGGAGAGGAGGGAGUGUGGCAACACCUUCACUCUUCUUUCACGUGGCUCCUGAAGGCAAGUGGACUGAGACUGCAGGAGAGACUGGUGGAGGGACCUCCUAUUAGUUCUUUCAUGGCAGAUUGUUCAGAUGAAUGUGGCGGACUGAAUAUCCAGCAGUCAUACAACAUCCUUGGAAGCACCAUCUUUCAUCACUUAGUGCAUCACCUGCUGAUUGGCAGACAAGUGAUUUUAAGGGGAAACUCUGAUGUCAUAAUAUCAGCCUUGAUCAAGAGUAUACAGCCUCUGCUGCCUAAACACUGCUACAGAGCAAUCCACUUCUCACCACACUAUGUGGACUGUGCCUCCUGCAAUGUUCUGGGCCUUCAUUCCCUUGUCAGUAUUCCUCAAAAUGUCAUGGCAAUGAAGAAUCUCUGUGUUAUUGAUCUCAUUCCAAAAGGAGAAACUGGUGAGGUCUCUAGCAAGGCAACCCCAAGAACCUCCUCCAAUUUACUCAGCACACAGGAGGUAAUCAAGGGAGAUUAUCAGGACCCAAAAGAUGUACAAGAUAUAAAAGACAGUAUCAAGAAUUACACAAUCAAGCUUACUCAAGAAGGACCACUGCCAGCCAGACCACCACAAAUUCUAAGUCGCAUUGAAUCAGCAGUCAGCAAUCCUACUCUUACUUAUUCUACACUGUGUGUGUACUUAUCCACAAUAAUAUAUGAAUGGAUUAAUAAGGUAAAAGUAUGGAUUCAUGUUCAGAAUGCAAAGAAAAUGCUGCAUGGCUGCCCAGAGAGAGUUCCUUCUCCCAGUACCUUACAGACCAGCAACAGGAGUUCAUCAAUACCAAUCAUACAAAGCUCAUCACACUCCCUGGCCCACUCACCAGUGAUGUCAACAUUUCGAAGCAUGUCCCCUGGAGGACUUGGUGAGAGGCAACAAGAAAUAGCACAUCAGGAUGAGAAGCAUCACCUACUGGCUGCUAUUGGUUCAACUGAGUGGGAUGUUCCUUUCUUAGAGUUUUGGGCUAAGAAUUUCUGCCAAGAUAGUUCUCAGGAGAUGAUCCUACAGUAAUGUACCACACUGACAAGCAUCAAGGUUUGCACUCCUCAUGAAAUGGAUCUAGUGUCCGGAACUCCCUCCAAGUUGGGGGCAUGUGGUUGUGUAGAUGGUAGUUGCACUUCUUGCAGACAUCAGUGAAGAGUGAAACAAAGCUGUGGAGCCAUGUCUGAAAUAUAAGAAAUGCCACUGUAAAAAAAAUGAUAGGAUAGAAAAGAAUGAGAAUAAGGUGGUCACAGUCAGAUAUGAAUAAUCUUUGCUGAUGGCCAGAGAUUUAGUUCAGAGUGAGUGAAACAAGAAAGGUACAGUUAGAAUAAACCAUAUUUAGUUGUAUGUCACUUGGGAGGAAUGUUCUUACACAUAUGAAGUUCUUAUACAUAUGAACAAAAUCAGUGCAGAAGGGAGUGAUGGGUAUAUUAAGAUGUAAAGACUUGGAUAUGCCUGUGCAAUCAAUCUUCACUCACAUGUGGUUAAGGAGGAUCUGUCUUCCCUUACUCUUGAGGCCCAGAGACCAAGAUGUAAUUUAAUUUACUCUUGGAGAGUAUGUAUAUGCAUCUCAGUCACCACCACUUGCUUUGAUGACAACCUCCUAUGUAAACAGUAACAAUUCUAUGUGGUUGGCAUAAAAAAAAAAUGACAAAUUUUCUCACUUGAUGUCAGCAUCCACAUCAAUUUCAAUUAGUUUCAUCCAGUUGUAUGGAAAAACAUAGCACUGACCUGGCAACUCAAGACAGAUGUGGCCUUGGUUAUACUCUACAUGAAGUGUUUUAAUAAAAAUUUCACAGUUAAAGUGACAA